AGCGUCUGCCAUCCUGUAAGGUUGUUUCUCCUCUCUGUGGACCAAAGAGGUGUGUCUUUCAUGAAGUUGUCUCCAACCCCUCCCACAGACCAUCUCCCAGCCCUAAACUUUGCUGCUGGUUGAAGAAGUUGCUCUAGUGGCCAUCAGCCUCCUUGCUGGUAGUCAGUCGCUGGCCUCCAGUCAGCUGCCUGUUAGACCCCCAGAGCCAACGCUCCCCUGGAUCAGAGAGCCAACAUGGAGGACUCAUCAGACCAGUCCCACUGGGUCUCUCCCUCUCUGCUUGGUUCCGACCCUUUGGCUGCCUUCUCCACUGAUCCUGGUCUGUUGCAUCCAGAGGAGAAUGAGGCCUUCUUCUCCGGUCCGGACUCAGACUUCACAGCCCUACCCAGUUUCUUCCCCAACCCAACCCACAGCCGGCCGUCAUCCACCUACAGACAUAGCUCUGUCCGACAGGUGUUCACCUCACCGGGUCUCCUCAACAACUUCCAGCUGCUGGACGGGGCCCCCAGCCACCCCCUGAGUUCACCCUACAACCCAGCAGCAACCAGCUGGAGCGGCAAGGCCCCGCUGCACUCACACACACCCACCUCCCACUACUCCCCCGGGGCCUGCUCCGCUUUCGCCACCCCCAGAGACAGUUACUCGUCUCCGGGUGCAGAGGGCAGGGAGAGUCCCCAGCUGCAGGAGGUCCUGAAAGAAGAGCGGCUGAGCCCGCUGAGUGGGUCGGGGGCCAGCAGCAGCUUUCUGAACCUGACCCCUGCAGCUGGAGGCAUGUACACUCAGUCGUCACAUCCACACAUGCUGAGCCCCUACAGCUCGUACAUGAGCGGGCCCCAGGACUACGGCUCCCCUGCCCUCUACUCCAGCUCUGGAGCGUGGAUCAGCCCCUCAUACUCCCCCAAGCUCCGCAGCAAGAUGAGACCCACCACUCCAGAGGCCAGAGAGUGUGUAAACUGCGGCGCCACAGCCACUCCUCUUUGGCGCCGGGACGGUACCGGACAUUACCUGUGCAACGCCUGUGGACUGUACCACAAGAUGAACGGCCAGAACAGACCACUAAUCCGACCCAAGAAGAGACUGAUCGUCAGCAAGCGUGCAGGAACCCUCUGUGCCAACUGCCACACAAGCACAACAACUCUGUGGCGACGCAACGCCAGCGGGGAGCCCGUGUGCAAUGCCUGUGGACUUUACUACAAACUGCACAACGUCAACCGGCCUCUCACCAUGAAGAAGGAGGGGAUCCAAACACGCAACAGAAAAGUCUCCAGCAAGAACAAGAAGAGCAAGAAGGCGGCCCUGCUGGAGCCGUACGCUGAGAUGGCUCAGCCGCCCUCGCUGGACGACAACAACCCCUUUUCCCUGGGCCACGGGACCCUGCUGACUUACAGCCACGCGUCCCACCUCAUCCCCACUCCAUCCCCCCUGCACCCCUCAAGCAGCUUGCCCUACCCCCACCACCUGAGCUCCGGCAUGGUGCCCACGCUGGUGUGAGCCUCAUAUCCUUGUGUGUUGGAUGUUUUUUGUGGAUUUGUACAUAGUGGAUGUUACAGGAUUUGUGUAUUCUCACUGUAUUUUAUCUCAUUCCUCUGAUCGAAUUGGGUCAGACAGCAUCCCUCCCCUGAGGUUGCUCAGCGAUAAGGGAGCUGGCUCAGCAGUAAAUACACACAUCACGUCUGAUCUGAUGGCAAAAAUCUGUGUGAAGAUUCCUCUGUUCUUAUUGCUGAGGUGCAACUUCACACCCCGUGUGUGUUUAGCUGCAAAUUUGCUGCUGUGAGUGAGUGAAGUUACCACGGUCAAACUACCGAGACCAGAAUAAAAGGCUUGACCCGAACAGA